AUGUUUUUUGGCGCUGCAGGAUCAGCUUCUAGUACAAAUACAAACACAAAUAUGGCAUCUCAUCAAGAAGAUUUCAGUACAGAUGUUAAUUUUUUGGGUACUAUCAUCAAAUUACAAGAAUGUAUACAGCAAGCAAUUACUCAGUUGAAUCACGACACUGCUGUCUUCCUAUCAGAACUAUUAUACUCAGAAUGCGCACCUCUGGACAAAACUCAUAGCUAUAGAUUGGAAUCCGUCUACUUAUAUUCUUUAUCGCUUUUUCUAAAUGCAGAAUACCAUACUGCAUUGGAUGUGGCCCAAGAAUUCAAAAAUUCGAGUCAUGCUGGGAUUGGUUACAUUUUUGCCCGCUGUUGUCUACAAUUAUCAUCCGGUUUGCAUGAUGCAGUAGUUGCACUUUUGAAUCUGUUGAAAAAAAAAACUGUCCCACCUAGUAGCGCUAUGAAUGCAUUGAUUUUCCUACCUACAAUGGCAACAAUUCAUUGCUUGCUCGGUAAACUGUAUCGCAAACUAGAUAAGACCCAGGAAAGUGCUCUUCAUUUCUCUGAAGCUCUUAAUGCAGAUCCUUACAUGUGGGAGGCCUACGUGGAACUGUGCAAUAUGAAGGCAACAAUAGAUUUAAAGAAAUUGUACAGUGUAAUGAGCAGACAAAAUCAUUUUUCUACAUCGUCAGCUCGUUACAGAGCAAGAAAUGGCGUCUUUAAAUCUACUCCGUAUAAAGUACCGAAUUCCUCAUCAUCGUCAUCAUCUUCAUCGUCGUCAUCAUCAGUGGCAUUCCCACAGCAACAUCACCAUCAACAACAUCAGAACCAGCAGCAGCAACAACAGCACUCACAAGCUUCAAUGCAUCCUCAGAAUACUCCCUUAGCGCCUCCUCAUACUACCACUGCAAAGGGGCAACCGACCAAUUCACUACUGAACAAGGCAAACGUAGUGGUUUCUACACUAGGAUUUUCACCGUUCACCACUAAACAGCCUACUGCUAGUUCAGUAGGUAAAGUGAACAAUAGAGGCAAAGUACUUUCAACUCCACCUUCCAAACUUUUAUCUACAACAAACUUUAAAACACCAAGAAAUAACACUAAUAACAAUCCGACCAACAGUGCCUCCAAGAGAAAAGAACAAAUUUCUUUCUCAGGUAUCAAACCCGAAAGUUCUAACGGUAUUCUUACGACUAAUCUGCCGUCAUUCUCAUCGUUAUCGUCACUACAUGAACUUAUGUACAAUUUCGCCCGUGUCUUAAAGGCGUCGUCACAAUAUGAUUCCUACAGAGCGUUAAGGUUAAUGGAAACCCAAAUUCCAGAUCACAUUAAAAAUGUCAUGCCCUGGUGUCAAGCUCGAUUAGGUAAAUUACACUUCGAAAUUGUCAAUUAUGAAAUGUCAUUAAAGCAUUUCAAACAAUUAAGGCAAAUGCAACCUACCAGAUCAGAGGAUAUUGAAGUUUUCUCCACAUUACUGUGGCAUAUUCAUGAUAAAAUAAACUUAUCACAUUUGUCGAAUGAAUUGCUUGAAACUCAACCGGAUAAACCACAAACUUGGUGUAGUUUGGGUAAUCUUUACUCAUUACAAAGAGAUCACGAUGAAGCAAUUAGGUAUUUUGAAAAGGCUACAGAAGUGGACCCACAUUUCGCAUAUGGGUACACUUUACAGGGUCAUGAACAUUCUUCCAAUGACUCUAUUGAUAUGGCCAAGACAUGUUAUCGAAAGGCUAUAGCGUCAGAUCCUCAACAUUAUAAUGCAUAUUACGGGCUGGGAAUGUGUUGUAUGAAGUUGGGACAAUACGAAGAAGCUCUUCUCUAUUUCGAAAAGGCAAGGAGUAUCAAUCCUGUAAAUGUCAUCCUAAUAUGCUGUUGUGGUGUAGCUUUAGAAAAAAUGUCAUACCAAGAGAAGGCGUUACAAUAUUACGAAUUAGCAUCUGAAUUACAACCAUCUUCAUCGCUGGCCAAGUUCAAGAAGGCUCAUCUGUUGUAUGUGAUGGCAAGGUAUAGUGUAGCAUUGGAGAAUUUCGAAGAAUUAGCCGAACUGGCACCUGACGAGGCAACGGUUCAUUUCCUCUUGGGACAAUUGUAUCAAAUUAUGGGACGAAAGAAAGAUGCAGUCAAAGAGUUUACAAUUGCAAUGAAUUUAGAUCCUAAGGGCAAUCAAUUAAUUAUUGAUGCCCUAGAAAAAUGUCACUUGCAAGAAUGA